CACUGAGCGCUCCUCCUGCUCCUCCUGCUCGCUUCGCAGUGCUGGACGCGAUGACCGGACAACUUUUGACUCUGCACGGAUGAUAUUCUUCUUCGCUGGCAUCUGAUGAAUUCUUCAGUGGGAAACAGUAAGUAGGUCUGCUAAACAAUUCACCUCCCAUGUCACCGGGGCAUCUCCAUGGCGACGUUUAGCAGUGCAGAGCACCUCUGGAAUGAAUCAGAUCACCUUAGAUGGGAUGAGAGGAAUGAGAGCUCAGAGGCAUCAGGGCAGGACGAGGGGGAGCGUAACUAUUAUGCCAUGAUGUAUUCCCUGCUCAUCCUGGCCAUUGUGUUUGGGAACGUGCUGGUGUGCCUGGCUGUGCUGAGGGAACGUUCCCUUCAGACGACCACCAACUACCUGGUGGUCAGCCUGGCUGUGGCCGACCUGCUGGUGGCUUCGUUGGUCAUGCCCUGGGCUGUGUACCUGGAGGUGGUCGGCGGUGCCUGGCUUUUCAGCCGGCUCUACUGUAACGUCUUUGUCACGCUGGAUGUGAUGAUGUGCACUGCCAGUAUCCUCAACCUGUGUGCUAUCAGCAUUGACAGGUACACAGCAGUGGUGAUGCCCGUCUUGUACAACACCACACAUCGCUCCAGGAAGAGAGUGUUUGCGAUGAUUGCCACCGUGUGGGUCCUGGCCUUUGCUGUCUCCUGUCCCCUGCUGUUUGGCUUCAAUACCACAGAUGACCCCCUGGUGUGCUCCAUCUCCAACCCCGACUUUGUGAUCUACUCCUCAGUGGUGUCCUUCUACCUGCCUUUUAUUGUCACUCUGCUGGUCUACAUCCGCAUCUAUGUCUUCCUCAGGAUGAGGCGGAAGAGGAUCACCUUCGGCCAGGCCAGCGGAAAGAUCCAGCCAGGCUCAACCCCGCCGUCUGUGGAGACCUGUCUACAAGAAGAGAUUCCCAAGGCGAAGCAAGACCUGUCACCUAUAAGGAUUAAAGUGCAGAGUGUAGAGCCCUCGGGUCCCUCCAAGCCCAACCUGCUCUCACGAUGCCUGUGGCACAAAUGCCCGAAGACAGAACCUGUGGAGAACUCAGUGCUUCCCCCAGUGGACACACAGAACUACUGCAGCAUCAGCCACGCCUCCUGCGGCCGUACAGAGUUGGAUCUGGAGCACGAGCGGGGAGAGGAGGAGGUGGAGGAGAACAACCAGAAUGAACGGCCUCCUGUCAGGAUGAGCUGCCAAGUGAAUGAUCUGUCCAAUGGACGAACACACACAUCACUGCGGCCAAUGCCUCACUCUCAUACCAACAAUCCACGAUUCAAGAGCAUGCACGCACGGGAGAAAAAGGCCACUCAAAUGUUGGCCAUUGUGCUUGGGGUCUUCCUCAUCUGCUGGCUGCCUUUCUUUGUGACUCAUAUUCUGAACACCCACUGCAGGACAUGCUAUGUGCCUCCUGCACUUUAUAGUGCUUUCACUUGGCUGGGUUAUGUCAACAGUGCCCUCAACCCUAUUAUCUACACCACCUUCAACAUUGAGUUCAGACGGGCCUUCAUCAAGAUCCUCAGCUGCUGAGGAAGGAGGCGCGCCAGGAAAUUAAAAUGGAAAUGAGGCUGAGCACACAUGCUACAAAUCAGGUGUGGUGCAUUCAGUAAACAAUGACCUCAGAUGUACACUGGUCAUGGUCAAGGGAAGCAAACCUGCUUUGUGUCCUACAGGAGUUAUACAAUAGAAGUGAGGUGAACCGACAUUGUGUCAUGCAAUGAAUUCAAACAAGAGAGAAUUUUUACUUUUCUGAUUCUAACAAAGGUUCAAACUUUUGUUUGUCAACAAGGCAGGGAUUCCAUUUGAAUAGUAUUACUCAUCAAAUAAGACUUACAUUUUUUACAUGCAUUCAGUCUUGAUUGAUAGCACGAGGUGUUGGACUUUCUCGUGGUUAUAUCCUGUACAGUAUGUGUACUGCUCAUUGGCACAGUUCCUCAGUUCAGGACUUUCCAAUCAAUGUAAGUUUGAAAACCACAAUGGAGCUUUAAGGCUGAUGAAUUGACUGCAGGCUUCCUUAUCCUGACACUUGCUGCCACCGCACUGUGUGGAUUAACUGAUAUUACUCACCUCCUCUACACAUUCCCUCCUACAUCAUCAACACUAUCAGUUAUUCACCUGUAGAUGCACAAACCAUAAUUCAAGGCCAUUCACUUGAAUUGUGCUCGAAAUAUCGUAUUCGUCCCUGCCGAAAGUCACAUAAUUUUGAAGAUUGUCAUAUAAAUUGAUGUCGAGGCAUUGUGUGCCAUUUGGAUUAAUUCGAAUUUUAAAAUGUGAGAUUUUGAUGUAAUGCAAAGUGGAAACAUUUUCAUUGUUUUUCAAAGGGACUGUCUAUUUAAUGGCAAACUUCCCCGUGAUUUAGAGUUACCUGCUGGCUCUUUUGAUGUGCUGAUUAAGACAGGAGCUUUGUGAUCUUAAGAAAUCAAGCAUGAUUGUAAACCACGUGGUGGGCAGGUUUGUCAUGG